AAAAAAAAAAAAAAAUUGUGGAUUUUGUUGUAUAGUAUCACAGCAUCAGAAGAACGUCGCCAAUACUCUAGAAUCAAACAGUAACAAUGACAUCCAAAACAAAUGCAUCGAAAACCCAUCCCCCACUGCAAAGCCUGAUAAAACAGAGGAAGCAUCAACAAAGUGUUUGCAUUACAAUGACACAACAACGAUAAUACCCGCUGUAUGCCACGCCCUAGGCGAGGAAGCACCAGAGAGGAUGUGCGCAGACAAUGGACCAGAACCAAAAGAUGAACCUGUAACCACUGCAGAGGAAAUUGUACGGCUGCCGCUGUAUCAACCCCAGCUAUCGCCACCCAUCUUGGAAAAUGAAGAGAGCAUUUUGGUCAUGCAAGCGCAACUGUUUGGAUUCCCAUCCGGCAGACCAAAAUGCAUGAAAAAGGUAUCAUUUUCCUCCAUUGUCACGACGAUACCGAGAUACGAUGAUCAUGAUAUCUCGGAAAAAAAUGUCCUCAAUGGUGCCUCAUUAUCGACUGGAGAUACCUCGGUCCAAACGACACGAGGAUUCUGGGAAAAGUUUACGAAUGAAAUAGGAAAGAAACAUACGGAUAUCGAAGCAAACCAUAGACGAGGAGAUCGAUUUGUCCCCUCCUCAUCAUAUCCUCGCCAAGAUGAAGUGGUCUCACGUAAUUGUUCAGAGCAAAAGGAGAUUGUUCGACCCAAAAACAAGUUCCUGUACGCAUUGAAGCAAACCCUGAAUUCCAAACGCAUCAAUACCGUAUCUCCCAACACCACGAAUAUCCAUGAAGGCCAUCUUACUCCAAACAGUCCCAAACAGAUGCCUAUGGCUGCCGGUCGCGAAAUCAUACCCUCACCCCCUCCUAUAGCCCCUGUGCUAAAGCGAAAGCAGCAACAAGUAUCCGGUCAUCCAUUAUUACCACCAGUAUCUCAGGGACCCAUACUGCAUCAUCCGACAAAGCACCGACCCAAAAAACCCGCCAGUUUUCGCAAAAGCACAUUUGCCCGUGCACGGACAAGUACAACGGUUCCUUUGACAGCCCUGCCACCCGCAGCACAGCCCGCAUGGCGAUAAUAAAAAAGUGUUUAAAAUUGAUGUAAAAUCGUACCUGAGCAUUGCAAAAUAAUACAAAUAAAAUCAUCCCUCAUCAACGUUUGAAUACCAGAGGCCUUUUCUGGCACUUGGCAAAAGGCCAUUUAUUUACAAGAAAAAAAAGAUGGAGCACGG